GAAACCGGCUGAUAUGGCAUUUCCACGUCAGUUGAUUUAAAAUAAAAUAAAAAAAAUAAAAAAAAAAAGCCAAAUUGAAAUAAAACGUAAAAGUGGAGGGAAAUGGAACAAAAGCUCUGGCGCUACAUUCUUACCCAACACCUAAACCCAUUUUUGCAAGCUUGAUUCUCUCCCGUUUGUGGUCGCAGUCGUGGGUUGUUGUGCUCGCCAUUCAUCACGCAUUCCAGAGUUGAGCUAUUGUCGUCGACGUGGGUUGGAAGCAGAUUUUUUUUUUCAGAUUUUCAGAUCUCCAAGUUCGAUCCAUUGUACUAGUUGUCUCCCUCUCAGCAUGGAAAAAGGAAAAGAACAGCCAUCCAUGCUAAGACCAUCUAGCUCAAAUAUUCCAUCUGCGGACAUACCAUCAACUUGUCCAAAAAUCCCAACUUUGGCGCACGGUUAUUAUGGACCAGUGCCUAUGUGGUCACCGGCUUUUCUGCCAUAUCCCGCUGCCAACCAAUAUCCAACGAACCUACAAAUUGCUAGUUCCCAAUUUCAACAUGGCUUGGAAGGCCCGAUAUCUCUCAUCAAUACUAGCUCCAUUACAAGCAGAUUUGUUGGUACAGAGGAUAAUAGACCCGAUGGUGGGGGAACUGAGUCGCCAUGUACAUCAUCUAGAGUUGAAGAAAGUAAGGCGGAUAGACCAGAUGCACAAGAAACCCCUAUAGGCAGUGCUGGAACAUCUGAGAAUGUGAGAAUGGAUGGUGAUGAUGAGCCAAAGUCGGGAAUGGAGUUUAAUUGCCUAGAAGAUUUAAUGAGUUAUUAUAAAGAAUAUGGUAAGAAAUGCGGGUUUGGGGUGAUGACAAAAAGGAGUGAGAGGGGAGAUGAUGAGACUGUUAGAUAUGUCACACUUGCCUGUGCCCGUGGUGGGAAGGCACGGAAUAGGAUUUUGAAUGUCGCCAACCCACGUCCGACAGGAAAGACAGAAUGCAAGGUAAAGAUUAAUACCUUAAAAGCUGCUGAUGGAAAAUUUCGGCUGACUACAGUUCAUAAUAUUCAUAACCACAGCCUUAGUCCAAAAAAAGCCCGCUUCUUUCGAUGUAAUAGAGAAGUGAGUGAAUCCGUAAAAAGAGUCCUAGAUACAAAUGACCUGGCUGGCAUUCGAAUGAAUAAAAGUUUCGGAUCUCUUGUUGUUGGCGCGGGUGGAUUUGAGAACCUCCCAUUUUUAGAAAAGGAUUGCCGUAAUUACAUCGAUAAAGCACGACAUCUACGACUGGGCGCAGGUGGUGCUGGAGCGCUUCGAGACUAUUUUUUACGGAUGCAGUACAAAAAUUCGGGAUUUUUUGCAUUGAUGGAUAUGAAUGAUGACGGGAGGUUAAAGAAUGUAUUCUGGGCAGACCCCCGUAGUAGAGCAGCCUACCAAUAUUUUGGUGAUGUGGUCACAUUUGAUACCACAUACCUGACGAACCGAUAUGGGAUGCCCUUUGCACCAUUUGUUGGUGUAAACCACCAUGGGCAAUCAAUUUUGUUAGGAGCAGGCUUAAUUUCCAGUGAGGAUACUGAGACCUUCGUGUGGUUAUUCCAGACCUGGCUACAGUGUAUGGAUGGUAUAGCACCAAAGGCUAUUAUCACUGAUCAAGACAGAGCGAUGAAAAAUGCAAUUGCAAUUGUCUUUCCAGAAAGUCGACAUAGAUUUUGCCUGUGGCAUAUUCUAAAAAAAGUUCUCGAAAAGCUUGGUUGCUAUGGUUCAUACAAAACUGGAAUGAAAACUGCACUGAUGAAAUGUGUGUAUGACACCCAAAGUCGGGAAGAGUUUGAGAAAUGUUGGGAUGAGUUGAUUACCACAUACAACUUGCAUGAGAAUGUAUGGUUGCAGAGUUUAUACACAGAGCGUGAGCAUUGGGUACCGGCAUUCUUGAAAGAGGUCUUUUGGGCUGGAAUGAGUACUACACAGCGAACCGAGAGCAUGAAUGCCUUUUUUGACGGUUAUGUUCAUGCUAAGACAAACUUGAAAGAAUUUGUCGAUCAGUUUGAUAACGCCUUGAAAAAGAAAAUUGAGAACGAAAAUAUGGCGGACUUCCACUCAUUUAAUGUCACAAUUCCUUGCAUCUCUAGAUCUCCAAUUGAAAAGAGAUAUCAAGAUUUGUACACAAAUGCUAAAUUCAGGGAAGUUCAGCACCAACUUACUGGCAUUAUCGACUUGGACCCAAUUCUGUGGACUUUAGUGAGGAAGAUACAGUUGCCAAGUGUUCUUGUGGUUUAUUUGAAAUGAGGGGAAUAGUGUGUCGGCACAUCUUCGCAGUGUUCAAAUGUAAUGGGAUUAAAUCUUUGCCACAUAGGUACAUUUUGGAUCGAUGGAGGAAGGACAUUUGCUUGUGUGGACUAAUGGAAGCUGAGUCUUCUGGCUUCUUGUUGUGUGUUAUUGGAUUUUUCAGGUUUAUUUAUUUAAACAUUUAUUUUCUGUGCGCGUGUGGGUAUUAUUUUGAUUUAUAAUACAAUAGUCUGAAUAUUAGGCAUUGAGGGCAAUGUUAGGAGAAUCCGUUCAAAGAAUUUACCUUUUUGGAAAAAUCCUUGCAGAGAAGAGAGGGCAUAAUCAUAAUUGCCUAGGACUCCAUUUAUUUUAAAUUUUGAG